UAGAGCGGCGUCCAUACCAACGUCAACAUCAUCGUGACAUUGUUCGAUAUAUUUUUAGCAUUGUUUGAACUUUUAAUAAGUUUAAGACUGACUCGGAAGUGCACAAGAAAAUGGCAGACGGAGCUGGUGAUAAAAAUGAAGAAAAGACCAAAGAUAACUCUUUACAUGGAACCUGUAUCACACCGCAACUCUUGAAGAUACAGAGUGGAGAGUUCGAGAUGGAUAGUAUCUUUAGCCUCAACCUCAGACACCAAGAUAUUGAUGAUCUUGGACCUAUUGGAUCUUGUUCUUGCCUUCAGCGAUUGGACAUCAGUAGGAACGACCUGACAAGUUUGAAGGCCCUCUCCCCUCUCAAGCAGCUCGUCUUCCUGAACGUAGCUGCUAACAGAAUAUCAAGUCUUGAGCCUUUGACGGAGCUGGAGAGUUUAAGAAGUCUGAAUGCUGCUGGGAACCUGAUUGCAAGUUUUGAAUCCAUCUAUGCCCUCGCAAAUCUCCAAAACCUGGAAGACAUGCGAUUCCAGGAUCCCUUGCAAGACUGGACCAAUCCAAUAUGUAAUGGCGCCACCUACAGGUCUACGAUAAUGUCUCACUUCUGCCACUUGAAAGUGCUUGACGGAGAGAGGUUGUGUGGGAAGGGAAGCGAGGUGUUUACGACUCUUCGUCAGCUUGACAGAGAAAUAGCAAAGUCCAAUGACCGUUCAGGAGAUCAUGUGACUCAGAAAUCAUCAGGGUCUUGGGUGGACAAAGGAUUCUGGGAUACAGGCACAGUGCAGAAGAAAGAGAUGGAUGACACAGAAAAACAGAUCAGAGAAAUGCUUCUGGACUGCAGAACGCUCAGCAAUGCAGCACUUCAUAAAAUACAGCAGACGUGACAGGACAUAAUGAGAGUUUGGGCUUGCA